UUUGUAUGAAUAAGUUGGAAGUUGAAGUAAAAAAACAUAGUAAUUCGAUCCGAAAAGAAAAAUGGGAAAAUCAGCUGAAGAUGUACAUCCACAAAAGGCAUUUGGAUGGGCCGCUAGAGACUCUUCUGGAGUCCUCUCCCCUUUCAACUUCUCUAGAAGGGCAACAGGGGAGGUGGAUGUGAGUUUCAAAGUGAUAUAUGUUGGGAUAUGUCACUCCGAUCUCCACUUCAUUAAGAAUGAAUGGGGGACAAGUGAUUUCAUUAAUGCCUCCAACCCUGCAGUUCCAGGGCAUGAGAUGGUAGGGGUGGUGACAGAAGUAGGGAAGAAAGUGCAGAAAUUAAAAAUAGGGGACAAAGUUGGGGUGGGAUGCUUAGUUGGAUCAUGUCGUUGGUGUGAGAAUUGUGGAAACAACCUUGAGAAUUACUGUUCAAAGUUGGUUGUAACGUAUGGAUCCACUUACUAUGAUGGUAGUCCUACAUAUGGAGGAUAUUCUGAUAUUAUGGUAGUUGAUGAGCAUUUUGCUGUAUGCAUUCCUGACAACAUGGAACUAGAUGCUACUGCACCGCUUCUAUGCGCUGGCAUCACUGUCUAUAGCCCAUUGAGAUACUUUGGGCUUGAUAAACCUGGAAUACAUGUUGGUGUUGUUGGUCUUGGUGGUCUUGGACACUUGGCUGUCAAAUUUGCUAAGGCUUUCGGGGCUAAAGUCACUGUUAUCAGUACCUCGCCUAACAAGAAAGAUGAAGCUAUCAACCAUCUUGGUGCUCAUUCCUUUUUGUUCAGUCGCGAUCCUCAACAAAUGCAGGGUGCUGCAGGGACAAUGGAAGGUAUAAUUGAUACAGUUUCCGCACCUCAUCCUCUAUUACCAUUGAUCACUCUCCUGAAAACUGACGGAAAACUCAUCACAAUUGGUGUUCCAGACAAACCACUUGAGUUACCCGUCUUCCCUUUGAUUAUGGGGAGGAAGAUGGUGGCUGGAAGCGGAAUUGGAGGCAUGAAGGAGACUCAAGAGAUGAUCGACUUUGCAGCAAAGCACGAUAUUAAAGCCGAUAUUGAGGUUAUUCCAAUGGAUUAUGUCAACACCGCCAUGGACCGUCUACACAAAGGAGACGUCAGGUACCGUUUUGUCAUUGACAUCGCCAAUACCCUCAAACCUGCAUGACAUCCGAUCCAUCGACGUCGACUCUCAGCUCAUCACGUACUUCAUGGACGGACAUAUAUGGUUCUUCGUCCAUUCAAUGUUUCUACUCGAUCUUUGCUUGCUUUAUACGUACUAUGUACUUAUCAAAUUAUGAAUCAAUAUUAAGUAAUCAAUUCAAAA